AUGUGCAACGGUCAUCACCGGUAUUAUAUUUACCGCUUUCCUGGUGAGAGGCCAAAUUGGUUGAGCUACAGUGGAGAAGGAUGCUCAUUGUCAUUCCAUAUACCUCCAGUCUUCCAUGGCUUAGUUGUUUGGGCUGUCCAUCCACUUGAGAAGGAAGAUCAUUAUUACUACAGCACUAAAAUUAUUAUUAUUAUAAGAAAUAAAAGCAACGGUAUUCAAUUGUUUAAAGGUCAUGGAUCACCAAGAACUGCGGGAUGGAUAAGAUACAUAAGUAGAAGUGAAAUGGCAAUGGAAGAUUACUGUGGAGAUGACGAAUUGGAACUAUACAUUUCUUCAGUGCCAACAAAGUUUUACAUUUCUUCAUAUCACAAAUUGCACAUCAUUAAAGAAUGUGGGGUCCAUGUGAUCGCAGGGAAGUCAGAAUCAUUUGAAGAGUCAGAAGUGAAAAGAGAUGCAGUGAUGCCUUCACCACCGCUGUAUCAUCUGCUUCCUCGUCCUCAUUGUGGUUCGAUUACAGCAUCUACACCUAAGCAAUGGAGUGACUUUUUAUUUGCGACGCUGCAAGGACAUAGCCUCUCUUUAGAACUUCGUGGUAAGAACAAAUAUUUCAUUUAGUUAUUUUUAUUCUAU